AUGUUGAUACGGUCGGGGAUAGAGUCGAGCAGCCAGCGGGAACAGCAGGACUGGGUGACCAUGUCCCCCUUGUGGACGGCCCGCUACGACUACCAGGCGCAGGGCGACGACGAGCUGUCGCUUCGCGUGGGCCAAAUCGUGUACGUGCUGUCCACCGACAGCUGCAUCUCGGGUGAUGAGGGCUGGUGGACGGGCAAGAUCGGGGACCGUGUGGGUAUCUUUCCCUCGAACUUCGUCACAAACGAAGACCCGGCCGUGCUAAAGGUGCAACCCGUCGAGAUACAGUUCCACGAGCUGGACCUGAAGGAGGUGAUUGGUGUUGGGGGCUUUAGCAAGGUCCAUCGUGCCUUUCUGAAUGGGGAGGAGGUUGCCGUAAAGGCGUCACGGCAGGAUGACGAGUUCGAGGUAGCCCGACAGAACGUCCUGCAGGAGGCGAAGCUGUUCUGGUCGUUGAAGCACCAAAACAUAGUGUCGCUCAAGGGCGUUUGUUUGGAUCCGAAGACACUCUGCCUGGUGAUGGAGUACGCGAGGGGAGGCUCGCUCAACAAGAUACUGGCCGGAAGGAAAAUUCCUCCGAACGUGCUGGUGGACUGGGCGAUACAGAUCGCGCGCGGCAUGAAGUAUCUGCACUGCGAAGCUCCAAUCUCCGUCAUUCACCGAGAUUUGAAGAGUUCUAAUGUUUUAAUUAGUGAAUCGAUUCAACAUGGGAAUCUGCUCAACAAAACACUCAAAAUAACAGAUUUCGGGCUGGCCCGAGAAGCGUACCGUACUACUCGAAUGUCUGCAGCCGGCACAUUUGCCUGGAUGCCACCGGAAGUGAUCAAAUCGGGAACAUACUCCAAGGCGUCUGACGUGUGGAGCUACGGAGUGUUGCUGUGGGAGUUGCUCACCGGAGAAACUCCCUACAAAGGCUUUGAUUCGCUGUCCGUCGCCUACGGUGUGGCGGUAAAUACACUCGCCUUACCAAUUCCAAAAACCUGCCCCGAAUCUUGGGGAAAGCUUAUGAAAUCCUGCUGGGAAAUCGAUCCGCAUCGGAGGCCUUCGUUUAAGGAGAUUGAAAAAGAUCUUGACAUUAUCGCAAGGUCCGGUUUUGCUCAAACGCCCCACGAAUCAUUCCAUACAAUGCAAGACGGCUGGAAGAAGGAAAUCGCGGAAGUGUUACAAGAGUUGCGUAAAAAAGAAAAGGCAUUUAAAUCUUUCGAAGAGGAAUUACGCAGCAAAGAAGAAGAACUGACGCGUGUCCAGCAAGAGCAGCGCUGUAAGGAAGAAAAUUUAGCCAAACGAGAGCAGGAGCUACACGCCCGCGAAAUCGAACUGUUGGGCCGUGAGCUAAAAAUUCUUAUCACUCAAAAUACUCCUACACCGAAGAAGCGCAAGGGGAAAUUUAGCAAAAGUAGAAUCAAGUUCAUUAAAAAAGCACCGGGACAAAUUUCGUUGCCAUCGGAUUUUCGUCACACCAUCACGAUACAGCAUACGGCCAUACGUGAUGAAAACCGUCAGCGCAUCGACACGCCACCCGGGUCUCCCGCGACACGACUCCGGACGAUUGUGUUUCCUGGCGAUACUAUCAAGGGUAAGACCUGGGGCCCAUCGACGCUGCACCAGCGGGAGCGGAGCCACUUGCCGACGAUGCGACCGAGCGCCCGACCGCAACAGUUCAGCAAGAGUGCCCCGAAUCUGGACAAAUCCCGAGCGACAGCGAUGUCCGCUAGCUCGUCGCGGCACGAAAUUCUAGAUUACGAUAGCGAGGAUGCGUGGUAUGCUACGGCGGCAAACCUGGGCACCGGUCCCGGUACAGAUAUGUCAACGUUGAGCGUAACGCCCCUCUGCUCUAGUCUUAAUCGAUUCGGUUCACUGCCGAGCACCGUACCGAUGCCUACGUUGUACGCUUCCGAGGGCCAACGUAAGCCCAAACCGUCAAUCAUUGAGCUGGUGCUUUACAAUAUGGCCUCAAUGUUGGCCGGUGUGGCAUCCGGGUAUGAUGUGCGUGUCUCGAACGUAACUCCGCUACAUCCGAAGCUACAUCCCGGUCCGCUGCAACAGUACGAAUCGUACUCACAGCCCGCUAGUCCUUACCAUCAUCAGCUGCAGGCAGUGCACGAUUCGCAUCCUCUACACCUGGAUGGGUUGCAUCGGUUAGAGGCGAUGCCGCCGCUAACCAGUGCACAGUCCCUGGACAAUGCGCUUAGUCAGGAAGUGUACGAGGAGGAGCUGGCACAGGCUCAGGAGGAUAGAUUGUAUGCGCAGAACAGUACACCGUUCCACGAACCGGUGAGGCAGCAGACUAGGAAGGUACCGGGUCAAUCAACUAGUCCGCGGCAAGAUGAGCGUGUGCUGAAGUACACGGACUCACCCCAACAUUAUCUACCUUCGACGAUAUCAACGACGAGCGGGCUCGGUUCCAACUACACCCCAUCGGGACCAAGCUCAUCAUUCAGUGUGGGAGCCGGCACGCAACCACCGACACCGUCGCCACGUCGGAAGUCCAGCGCCACAUCCUUCAUGGACUACGGUGACCUGCCGGAAGAGCGUGAAAGUAGAGCGGGUCUCUACAUUCCGGGCGAGUACGAGGGAUAUACGCAGCAUAAUCCUAUCUUUAACACAAGUAAUCGCGGCGCCUCCGGUAGCUACAUUGGAUCGCAUUACUUUCCGUAUAGACCAGCGAUUAAUUUCGCGUUCGAGCGUGAAACGAAAUCGUACGGUGGUGAACCGGUGUAUGAGGAUCACCAUUACGACAGUGCCUCGUACCACGAUUAUGCGUACGAAGGGACCACUGGGACUGCGGGUGCUGGUGCGGGAAGUGUGAGAGCCACGGGCACUCGCGUUCCAACGAUGGGGAUCAGUGCGACGGGCCAUCGAAGAACACACUCGAACAUUUCCAACACCAUGCACAGUAGUAACGUGAACCAAGGGUUUCAAAUGGAGGGCGAUGACAUGAGUGUGCGGCUCUUAGAUGAGGCCACCUACAAAUUUGGGGACCUUUAUCUCGCCGGCGGUGGUACAGACACUCCCACACCUGGUCGCGUAUCGAUGGCAAGUACUUCGAAAUUACACGAACCUCCGGUAGCCUUCCAAGCGACGAGUCGCAUGCAUCAGUACGAGAAUAUACCGAACUUCUUCCGAAGGCAGUCGAGCCUGCAAGCGCACUACUCAUCGAGCAGCCAUGGUGGACAUCUGUCCGGUGAGUUCAUGAGCGAAAUCGAACAGGAAGAGCGUCCGUACACGGUGCUGGGAUUGGAUCAUGGCGAUAGUGGUGCAUCACUUGCGGCCAGCUUAAGACCACAAGCGAAGUUACGCUCCAGCAUGAAGAAGUACACACAUUCCCAUCCGACGCAGCAGCAACAGGCAGCAUCUUCCACCUCCCAGGGGAAGUAUGGUGCUGCUGGCAGUACAGGGCACGGUUACGGUACGCACGGUGCCACCUCUAGUGCAACCAAUCCAACGCCACCCGACAGUCUCACCAGCGAUGACAGUUCGUACCUGAGCGCGAAGGACAAUUCGUCCUCAAUUUCCUCCCAAAGCCGUGUGCGUUUCACACCGGAAAUCGUGCUAGACGUAGAUUCACCACUACAGUCACCGACGGGGUACGUGGGUAUUGGUGCUACGGCAAGCACUGCCGGACACGGGACGAAAGAUAGACGCAGUUCAUCAUCCGGUAGUACCAUGCUUACCGCUACACCCGGUUCCGGAGCGUCCUCUACGUCGAUUUCCGGUCGUCGAUCAAAUGUUUGCGACACGAGCCAAUCCUAG